AUGAAUUUUAAUGUCUGGAAUAUCAAAGAAAUGCUCAGUAUUCCUUCAGGCUCUGGGAACACCAAAGCGUCUGUCUCGAAUAAUAAUCAGACUGAUUAUUCCAGUCUCAGUGAUUCACAAUUCCUCUUUGGAUCUCAGUUCUGUCCAGAAAAUUCAGAGACUCUGUCAGCACCUUUGGACUUUGGUGCACAGUUGAGACAGCAAAAACAAUCGCAACAGAAUUCUUUGGAUAGUGAACCUAGUAUCUUUACAAAGUACCAGACAAAACCCCAGCUGUUUGGAGGCAAUGCAAAAGAUGGAGAUUUAUUUCCUCUUCCUUUGCCAGUUGGAAAAUCAAAAGGCCUCUUGGAACAGUUUGAGGAAAAAAAGAAAACAGCAAAAGACAAAUGUGACAGUGAGACUCUAUACAACUUUGUUUCCAAUGUCAGAGAAAGCAUUCACAAGUUGCAGACAUCUGUGGAAAAGUCUGAGGAACAUCUCACUUUAAGAAGUCAAUCUAUUCUGGAUUCUUUGGAGACUGUGGCCAAGACACUGCAGGAGACUGCACGGACCCAGAGUGACCUGGUGUUUGAGGCAGUGCAGGAGAAAGGCAACACGGAGCAAGCCAUCCUUGAGAUGCAGAAAAAAUUCGAAGCUAAACAAGCAGAGAUUUUGGAAAUGAAGUCCAACCUGAAGCACCUGGAGGUUUUAGUUGCACAGCAGAGUAAGGACUUCCAGCAGCUGUGCGAGCAGCUAGGCCAGCUGAAUGUGCCCAGUGUCCUAGCAGAGCUGAAGAGAUGGAUCUCAGUGCCUCAGGUGUCCAGACAUGUGAGAGACAGCACUGCUCAGACGUCGCCACUUCUGGCUCGGGACCUCAGCUUCACCAGGCAGGAACAGUAUGCCUCUGAGGACCCAAUGACAUGGCAGGCCCAGGGCCUCCCUGGUGCGGGGACUCCCAGUAGGGGCUCCUCACAGCCUGGAAAGUUUGAUGUCUGGGGUGAGGCAGCCAAGAAUGGUGCUCUCCAAGAAGAGGCUGCACUGCCAGGAGCUCAGCCCCGUGAAGGCAAUGGGUGUGCAAAGGACCAAGCAAUGCAGCCUCACUCCAACAAUCAAGGUGUUCGCAAAAGCCAUCCUGAGAACCCUGGCUCCCACAUCCCAGGCUACAGGGUUCCUGGCGACAGGGACCAGGUUUCUCAAGGAGCUUCACAGCUCACAUCCCUGGACUCAAACACAUUUGCAACCAGCAUCAAGAAUGCCUACCCAAAAUACCAAACCAAAAGCAUGUCUUCUAGUGACCCAUGUGAACAGGUGGUGACUGAACAGAAAGGCGGGGCUGUAGAAAGAGGGGGGAAAGGCAUGAGGCAGCAGACCAGGGGAGCCUGCAGAGGCAGGCCCACAGCCAGGAAGCAGGAACAGGCCCCAGGUGCGACCCGUGCCUUCAGGUCUAAAUAUCAGAGUCCUCAGCCUCCAGGUUCUGUCCCACAAAGUGCCCCCCGCGGGCAGCAGGAACCCCUUACUCAUGUGCAGCCUCUGCAUGGGGUCAGGAGCCCCAGCAAGCCAGUCCGUGCUGUUCUGAGAGGCACAGUCAUGCCCACAAAGACAGCGAGGGCAGCACGACGCAGCUGCUUGCAGUUCAGCAGGUUCUCUUCCCCAGACAACAGCCUGCUUUCUGGCAGUUCCCAGGGGGACCACCAAAUGAGCUGGUUCAGUGACCUGAGCCUUGGACGUUCAGAGCCACCCCCGUGCAAGGAGCCAGGGAAGCAUUUUCUCUAUGACCUGGGGUUUGACAGCAGUGAUGACGGCUUCUGA